AUGCGCGGUGUCGCGCUGCUGCUCGCUUCCAUCCUUGUUAGAGUGUCUGCAUCUCAUGCGGCGGACGACUUGUUGUUAAUGAACGGCUAUAAUGAGUCCACGGAGUCCACGACGAGCGCUGUGACGGAGAGCCCGCUCACAGAGGACAACUGUCGCGGGUACUACGACGUAAUGGGUCAGUGGGACCCGCCGUUCGUGUGCCAGGAGGGCAACUUUGUUUACUGCUGUGGCACGUGCGGCUUCAGGUUCUGCUGCGACAUCCGCAGCUCCCGUUUGGACCAGAGCACCUGCAAGAACUAUGACACGCCGCCGUGGAUGAUGACCGGCAGACCGCCGUCCAAAGUGGACGUGGCGCAGGACUCGGGCAAAGAUAGGACCAACAUGGUGGUGUAUGUAGUCUGCGGAUUGGUGGCCAUCGUGGCUCUAAUUGGCAUCUUCACCAAGCUCGGACUCGAGAAGAUGCAGCGGCCCGAUCGAGAGAACAUGUCGCGGACUUUGGCACAUGUGAUCCGUCAUCCUGCGCCACAACAUAUGGACGAGAUGAACCUGGGCCUGCACUAUGAGAACCUGCAGACAAGAGUAGCGAUUAACAGUCUCCACAGCCCCCAGAUGAACAACAUGGCGCCGACACCGCCUUUGCUAAACGACCCGUACACACUACUGGAUCAGAUAAGCAGCCCGUACGAGCCGCAGACUUCGGUAAUGGACCUCAAUAAGUAUGCCACCCUCAAGGCUGUCGCAGAAAAAGCUAACGAUAGCUUCUACACAAACCAGCGCCAAGCACUGAGCGGAAUGACAGCGAAGUGCAGCCUUCCAAUGGCGCAAGUGGAGACGGAGCCCAGCAACCCCUACAGCCCGGCCAGGCAAACGUCGAGCAAGCAGAGCGGACGCAAGAACAGGAGUCCGAGGACUCACAGUUCACAGUCGCUUUCCUUCGGUUCUUUUUCCAGCCCGGCCACGCCGAUACUGUGGCACAGCCACGACGUGCUGGGGCUGAGGCCGUGCUUUGGCCCAACCAAACUCUGCAUCCCUGAAAGGCAACUGCAGAACACUCACAACCUGCCCCCGCAGCCCUACCUUAUCACUAACAGCAAAACAGAAGUGACAGUAUGA